AAACCAAUCUGUAGGCCACAGACUUAAUUAAUAUUUUUAACCUAGUAAAAUAAACAACUCUGUGGUCUAUAAAUGUCAUUCGAACAUAUCAAAACUCGAGUUUGGUUACUGUGAUAAGAAGUUUGAUUAGCGAUAUGACGUAUUUUUAAAGGGCUGGAGAAUUUCCAAUUACUAUCAGAAGAACUUCUAAAACCUUUGGUCACAAAUAUGCAAUACUAAAAUACUUCCGGCAUAAUUCCUCCUCCAUAAACUAUAUGUAAAAAAGAAAACAAAGUAUAUUAGAAUUAGAAAGGAUGUACCCCUACUCCUACAAUGCAUUCAUUUCCGAAUCGCUGUGCUUUGAACAAUGAAUUACCAUAUAUUUUUGCUCUUAACCAACUGUUUUUCUUUCUUUUAGAAAUGUAUUCACUCCUUGCAUUCAGCUUGGUGCUGACGUCACUAGUACAGUGGAGUAGCCAGCAUGGAUUGCUCCUGUCCCCUCCUCAAAGAGGAAGUCUGUGGCGAUACGGAUACGACACGCCCCCAAACUACGACGACAACGGGCUCUUCUGUGGCGGAUUAGAGGAAUAUAUAAAUACUGGCGGGAAAUGCGGAGUGUGUGGAGACGCUUAUAAUGGUCCCCGUGAACACGAAGCCGGCGGAAAAUAUGCUAAAGGAAUCAUCGUAGAACAGAUUCCCGCAGGAGCAAGAGAAAUGAAAACAAUCAUUCAGAUCACAAGUUAUCACAAAGGAUACUUCGAGUUCCGGAUCUGUUCGCACAAUGAUAUACGUCGUCCUGUCUCCCAGCAAUGUCUGGACGAACAUCUUAUGACCAUAAAAGAAGGAACCCCAGAAAGUGGUUUCACUAGAUUCUACCCCUUAAAUCCCAAGGAGACUGGACAAGACAAGUACGAGAUGACUUUAGCGAUUCCAGGAGGAAUGCGAUGUGAACAGUGUGUAUUACAGUGGACGUACAACACAGGGAACAGCUGGGGUACUGACAAAAACGGGACAAGUUGUCUGGGUUGCGGACUGCAGGAAGUUUUCAGGAAUUGUGCCGAUAUUAGUAUCGGAGGUACACAAACCGUGGAGGCCGCACAGACGGCCCUCAUUAAAUCACAGACGAACGGAAGCAAAAGGAAACUAAAACAUGAAAUUAAACCCGAAUUGCUACAUCACGUCCACGAGGCCAUUGAAAAUAGCAAAGUAGCUAAAAUCAUGCAUAAACAUGAAAGAAAACCUAUCGUGAAAAAUAGGCCUCUUCCUUCUCCUGUAUUUUCGACAAAAACUCCAUCAACAACAUCUUCUAUCCCACACACGACAUUCUCCGCAAAAGCUCUCGUGCAGAACAGGAACUUGUUCAUGCCUGCUACAGGGCUGUCCUACCUGUCUCAAAUUCAGAACAAAUUAAGAAAUAAAUUCAAAUGGUUGAAACAAAUUCCAUUUCAUCACGCCCGAUUACUUUCCAGAAAAACACCAGACCCUCGAUUCACAUUAGCCAGCAAAAUAAAGUUCAUGCCCGAGACUACAAUGCAAGAACAGCGUACAACGGCUCUUGCAUUCAACCCGUCACCUGAAAUCGGACUCUACUCGUAUUAUACGACACGGCGAGUACCUGUGCCUCGAAUGUACGAAGUCAAAUACAAUUAUCUUCCCAAAAAUACUUUCAACCUGUAUGCCAAUCCGUCUAUGUCUUUGUUAGCACCUGGCGGAAAACCCAGAAAGGUCUCCGUACCAGCAGUCGCUCCCACUGCUGCUACAAUAGCUUUCACAAAAUCAUCUCCGAAAACAACGACGCAAAGAGUAGUAACCCCAGGGCCUUCACCGACAACCACCCAGGCCCCCAAACCCACAACGAUUGAUCCUUUGGAUGUUUCGCAAUGGGGUAAAGAAACUGUAACCAGACUGCCCAAAAAAUAUCAAAAUUACUACAGAAAAUACAAAGCAGCUAAGUCAAUGUUCGAUCUCUUCAAAAGGAAGCCUGCACAAGUUUUGAGCAUGUCAAAAUACAGGAGAUUUAAAAAACGACGAAAUGGACAACGGCGGCUCCACAGGACACUGAGCCGUGAUGUAAAACGUCUAACCUCUCGGCUGGAGAGAGCGGGGAAACGGCUACUGAGAUCGUAGUGACCGCAUCUCGCCACCACUCCAUCAUUUCAUAGAAAUCCGUUCAUAUUAUUUAUUACUUCCUUGUUAAAUGUUAUUGUGUAUGUUACAAACUGAGAAAACCAGACAUAAACAUAGUGUUAUAACCUCAGGAACGCUGGAGGAUUCCUCAGCAGAACAAGACUUGCACACAAUUAUUGUUGCAAAGUCUGCAUGUAAUGAAUGACCUGUGUAUUUUAUGUGCCAAAACAACACAUCAUUGUUGUACAUGUAUUUACCUAUCAGUAUUCAUGAAGCCACAAUUUUGUCCAGCAUUGUGCACAAAAAAAUGCUGUACAGUAAACAGAGCUUGAACAUCCUGCAUAUUAUAGAGAAAGGAACUGCAUAGGGGAUUUAAUGUAUCAAUUAAAUUUCCAUAAAAGAUUUGUACACUUAAGUUUUUAAAAAAUAUAUUUUCUUGACUUUGAUUUGACAAAAUUUGUCUCUGUCAUAUAUGUGUAUGUACUGAUUCCAACUGAUUUGUUUAAUAUUUAAACAGCCACAAGUAACGUGAUACUGUUUAUUCUGUAAAAAGAAUACAAAAUAUGCAAAAUACAAAAUAAAACAAUAUCAAAUGGUUUUAUUCUUUUAUAUUGAUGAACCAGCAGAAACGAAGGACCUAGAACACAGAGAACACCGUUCUUAUAUACAAUGGCAACUGUCUGUUACCCUGCCCAUAAUGCCAUUUAUGAAGUUAUGAAUUGUUUUCUAACAAGAGGAAUCACAAAGCACAAGAAAUCCUCACACUUCCAUGACAUCCAUGAGAUCAACAAAUAUUGCGUAGGACAAUCUCACUACUUCGAUGUGGAUAUCUUUCCUUCCCAAAGCCGAUAACAAGCUGCAAAUUCGCAGCUUUGCUUGCAGAGCAUUUUCAUUUGCUUGAUUUAAAUGUCCCAGAGCUUCGUCUAGAAGAUUGGUUGAACACGUUAGUCGAAACCAUUGAAAGUGCUUUAAUUUGGCUAGAGAUUUGCAUAUUUGCAGUAUGCUUUCCUCUGUAAGCACAUUUCCAGCAAU